AUGAUGAGUUUGAGCAAGGAAGAGUCUAUUGCUAGAACAGUGGACCUUGUUGAUGGUGUGAGCUUUGUUACCCAACCAGCCAAGUCCGUUGAGUCACCAUAUGCAAAGUUAGUAUACAAUGCAAACAUAUUAAUUAACUCAAAUGAUCCAUAUGCAAUAGUGGAAAACUUUUUGUUGGAUAGAGAUAAUCAAAGGAAUGACAAAAGAGAAGAUGGCAUAGAAGAACCAGACCUUGAUACUGUUACAGUGAUCACAGACUCUGAAACUUUGUUGAGGAACUUGCCCUUUUUGUCUGCGUCGUCAUUCAAGAACAACAAAGUUGUUAACCAUGUCGAAAUAAACAACAAAGAUUUCACCGUUGUUACUAGUUUAAAAGAUUUAAAUUUUCCAAUAUUGAUAUCGCAAACCCCACGUGAGACUUACCAGUUUGCGAAUUUGGCAUACAAUUUGUCCGAGAACUUGAAUACUUCGGUUUUCCACUUUUACGUCUCCGAAUCCUCAUACAAAUCCAAUGAAACUAUCAAAACUUCUGAAGGUGUAUUUUUGAAAAGUUUGCAACAGUUGUCAUUCGACAAGGUAUUAGCCGAGUUUGAUAUUCAUCCUUUUGAAGUGGUAAACAAAAUCCAGAAACAAAAAGACGCCAUUCUUUACCUUGGCCAAUUAGAUGACGCCUUGUUGGAAGCUGCAAGUAAAGCAGGAGUUUUAGUGAUUAACAUCAAGGUCUACCAACCAUUCUCCGUUUCUCGCUUGCUUAAACUCGUGCCUGCCCAAAUUGAAACUCUUACCCUUGUUCAGCAAGCUCAUUCUAGUUUUUCACAAUUUUCACCGUUGCUUCUUGACUUCUUUGCUGCUUAUUCUGAGCAUCAAACAUUGAAAAAUUUUACGAAAAUCGUGUCGGCUGCAUUCGGUCCUGUCGUUGAUUACACAAAUGCUUUCACCAAAGUUGUAUCAAACGUCCACUCAAAUAAACCUUAUCAGAACUUGUUUUACGGUGAAUUGGAAAGAAGCAAUGGUUCCAACAAGAGACAUCAAGAAUACGAAAAGGCUGUAUCCGAAGCUCAUAAUUUGGAACAGGCGUAUUUAAAGAUUUUGCAACAAGUCAACGACACCAACUUGAAGAUUUUGAAUGAAUACCAAGCUGAUAACAUUGGAUUGGAAACUAACCCAGAAUAUGGUUUUGGGUCAUUCUUGUACAAUGAAGAACAACAAGAAAAUUUGGUUAGGUUGGUACAAGUUGCCUUGAAAGAGAACAAAUUCAGAACCAAGGAUAACAACAAAUUGAUUGAUUUGUUAUCACAAUGGUUAGUGCAAAUACAAGAAAAUGGCGAAGUUGAAAACAGGAUACCAUUGGAGGCUAUUAACUUGUUAAAGACGGAUGACUCUUCAACCUCUUCCAGAGAACUUCUUGCCCUAUCAUCUUACUUCACUACGAACAGUAAUUGGCUUAUCGGUUCAGAUGCUUGGUCUUACGAUUUGGGAUCCUCGGGUGUUCAUAGUGUCAUUACUUCAGGUAAAAACAUCAAUAUGUUGAUCAUCGACUCGGAGCCAUACAAGGAAAAAUCUUCAGACAAAACUGUCAAUGGGUUUAGAAAGAAAGAUGUGGGUUUGUAUGCAAUGAACCAUGGAGAUUGCUACGUUGCAUCGGUAGCUGUUUACUCUUCCUACACCCAAGUAUUACAAGCAUUCAUUGAAGCUGAAAAAUUCAAUGGGCCAUCAAUAAUUUUAGCAUAUUUGCCAUACCAUAAAGAGUCAGAUGAUACGUUGGCUGUAUUACAAGAAACCAAGAAAGCUGUCGAUACUGGUUAUUGGCCAUUGUACAGGUUCGACCCAAACGCAGCUAAAGAGACUGAUGUUUUCAAAUUGGACUCUUCAAAUUUGAGAAAACAAUUGCAGGACUUUUUAGAUAAAGAAAACAAAUUAACUUUACUUGCUGCUAAGGACCCGUUGUUGUCUAGAAAUUUGACAGCGAAUGCCAACACUGAGGCCAAACUCAAACAAGCAAAAAUUGCAGAUGAAUCUUAUGCUAUGUUAUUGCAAGGAUUAUCUGGUCCGCCCUUGACAAUUGCCUUUGCAUCUGAUGGUGGAAACGCAGAAGGCUUGGCAAAGAAAAUUAAUAGACAAGCCUUAGGAAGGGGAUUGAAAGCAAGCGUGUUGGCCAUGGAUGAAAUUUCAAUGGAGGAUUUGCCAAACGAAACAAACAUUGUUUUUGUCACCUCCACUUCCGGUCAAGGUGAGUUCCCAGGAAACGGUAAACAAUUCUGGGACGGCCUUAAGAACUCAAACGAUUUGGAUCUUUCAGGCGUUAGAUUCUCUGUGUUUGGUUUAGGUGAUUCAGAGUAUUGGCCAAGAAAGGAGGAUAAACAUUAUUACAACAAACCCGGUAAAGAUUUACAUGCCAAGCUCAAAUUGUAUGGUGGUGUUGAGUUGGCCGAGAUUGGUUUAGGAGACGAUCAAGAUGCGGAUGGAUUUUCCACUGGUUUCAAUGAAUGGAUUCCAAAGAUUUGGGCUGCAUUGGGUGUUGACAAUGUAGAGGGUGUUGAAGAGCCCAAACCAAUUACCAAUGAAGAUAUGAAACUUGGUUCUGAUUAUCUCAGAGGUACUAUUGCUGAAGGUUUGCAAGACGAAUCAACUGGCUCAAUUUGUGCCGUUGAUCAACAAUUGACUAAAUUCCAUGGUAUCUACAUGCAAGAUGAUCGUGAUGUAAGAGAUGAGCGUAAAGCUCAAGGUCUUGAACCGGCUUACGCUUUUAUGGUUCGUGUUAGAUUACCAGGUGGUAUUGCAAACCCUAAACAAUACUUGAAGAUGGACGAAUUGGCUGAUGAAAGAGGUAAUGGUACUUUGAAACUAACAACGAGAGCCACUUUCCAACUUCAUGGUGUAGUGAAGCACGACUUGAAACCAGCCAUUAGAGGCAUGAAUGCCGCUUUGAUGGACACAUUAGCUGCUUGUGGUGACGUUAAUAGAAAUGUGAUGGUAUCAGCCUUGCCAGAUAAUGCCAAGGUUCAUGGACAAGUGUCUGCAACUGGUACCUUGAUUUCAAACCACUUGUUGCCAAACACAACUGCUUAUCACGAGAUUUGGUUGGAAGGUGAAAUGCCUUCUGAUAAAUCGGGAGAUAGAGAAGCUUGGGAAAAUCGUAAAGAAGGACCUACCAAGAAGAAAACAUUGGUUGCUGGUAACGUUUUGGCCGAUGUUGAACCUUUGUAUGGGGUAACUUACUUACCAAGAAAAUUCAAAAUCGUUAUUACAGUUCCUCCAUACAAUGAUGUGGAUGUAUACGCUCAUGAUAUUGGUUUGAUUGCAAUUGUUGAAGACGAUAUUGUGACUGGUUAUAAUGUAUUAGUUGGUGGCGGUAUGGGUACCACCCACAAUAACAAAAAGACAUAUCCAAGAACAGGAUCAAUGUUUGGUUAUAUUCCAAGGGAUCAGAUUCAUAUUGCUUGUGAAAAGAUUAUGUUGGUUCAAAGAGAUUUUGGUGACAGAUCAAACAGAAAACAUGCUAGAUUGAAGUAUACCAUUGACGAUAUGGGCGUUGAAGUGUACAAAUCCAAGGUUGAGGAUUUGUUGGGAUACAAGUUUGAAGAACCAAGGCCAUUCAAGAUCGAAAACAAUGUUGAUCAUUUUGGAUGGUGUAAGGAUGAGUUGGGAUACAACCAUUUUACCGCUUUCAUCGAAAACGGUAGAAUCGAAGAUACUCCUGAAUUACCUCAAAAAACAGGUUUGCGUAAAAUUGCUCAAUACUUGCAAGAUAACAAGAAAUCAGGAGAAUUUAGACUCACAGGUAAUCAACAUAUACUCAUAUCCAACAUCAAGGAUGAGGACUUGCAAGAUGUUAGAGACUUGUUGGCAAAAUACAAAUUGGACAAUACCGAGUUCUCUGCGUUGAGAUUGUCGUCAGCUGCUUGUGUUGCUUUCCCAACAUGUGGUUUGGCCAUGGCUGAAUCAGAAAGAUAUUUGCCUAAAUUGAUCACCAAAUUGGAGGAAGCUUUAGAAGAUUAUGGAUUGAGACACGAUUCUGUGGUUAUGAGAAUGACUGGUUGUCCAAAUGGUUGUGCUAGACCAUGGGUCGCAGAAGUUGCAUUGGUUGGUAAAGCUUAUGGUGCUUAUAAUUUGAUGUUGGGUGGUGGACACCAUGGACAAAGGUUGAACAAGAUUUACAGAUACUCAAUCAAGGAGGAUGAAAUUUUAGCAAUUUUGAAAGACUUGUUUAAGAGAUGGAGCAAGGAAAGAAACGAUGGAGAACCAUUUGGUGAUUGGUGUAUUAGGGCGAGGAUCAUUCAAGAGACUACUGAAGGUAAGUACUUUCAUGAAGGUAUUCCUGAAGAUGCAUAG